AAGAUGAAAAUGCAUGUUUAAUCAAUCUCAAAACAGUUCUGGAAAAUCCGCUUGAAAUAAGCUAUAUUACAGUAGAGAUAACUGAUUUAAAUGACCACUCUCCUGCAUUUCCUGAGAAAACUGAGCGACUGGAGAUCUCAGAAUCUGCAUUGCCAGGAGCAAAAUAUCAGUUACAAAAGGCAUAUGAUCCAGAUAGUGGUACAAAUUCUGUUCAACAGUAUACAGUUAGUCAGAAUGAGCAUUUCCGACUUGAAAUUAAAGAUCGUGGUAGGGAUGGCAAAACACCAAUUUUGCAGCUACAAAGGCAGUUAGACAGGGAGACUAAAAGUAGCCAGAAACUGCUGCUGAAGGCUAUAGAUGGUGGGACUCCACCAAAGACUGGUACAGUUGAAAUACACAUUGAUGUAAUCGAUGUCAAUGACAACAUGCCAGUCUUCAUUAAUAAUACAUAUUCAGCAAUUCUACAAGAAAACGCUCCAGUGGGUACCACAGUCAUCCAAGUUAAUGCAACAGAUUUGGAUACUGGCUCAAAUGGAGAGGUAUUUUAUUCCUUUGGCAGUGAUGUCAAAGAUAAAGUCAAAGAGCUAUUUAGUCUUAACUCUGCUACUGGCGAGAUCAUAGUAAAAGGGCAGGUGGACUUUGAAGAAAAGGAUAGCUAUGACAUUGACAUACAAGCCUCUGAUAAAGGAUUUUUUCCAUUUAAAACAUAUAAAAAUGUUAUCAUUAAAAUUGCAGACAUUAAUGACAAUCCUCCUGAAAUUGAAGUGGCCUCUUUAUCAAGAACAGUUUCAGAGGACUCCAGACCAGGAACAACAGUGGCACUCAUAAGCAUAACUGAUUUGGAUUCUGGUAUUAAUGGAAAAGUAAUGAGCUAUAUUGCUGAUGAAACACCAUUUAAGCUAACUCCAUCAAUCCAAGAUAACAUGUUCGCAGUAGUCACCAAAUCUCAGCUGGACAGAGAAGAAAAAAAUGUUUAUGAUCUUACAAUAAUAGCUAAGGAUGCAGGUGUCCCACCGUUGAUGUCUCAAAAGAAAAUAAGUCUACAACUAUCUGACAGCAAUGAUAACAGCCCUGAGUUUUUAGAGAGUGUUUAUACUUUUUAUGUCCCAGAAAAUAACCCAACAGGAAGCUUGUUGUGCUCGGUGCAAGCUUCUGACCGUGAUGAAGGAGAAAAUGCAUUAAUUACAUAUAGCCUUAUGAGGACCGCAGGUAAUGAACGCUCCAUGAUAUUAUUUGUCAACAUAAACUCUGAAAAUGGAGAUAUAAUGGCACUUAAAAGUUUUGACUUUGAAACCCUGAAAACCUUCCAGUUCCAAGUUGUUGCCACUGAUUCUGGAAUCCCAUCAUUGAGCAGCAAUGUCACAGUGAAAGUGUUUAUUCUGGAUCAGAAUGAC